ACUACGUUGUAGCGCGGGAGCGUGAGCCUAACCUGCCGGUGUUGUGUCGCAGAAUGCACCCCUGACGGGAGCGCGGUUAAAAGUCCAUAACAAGGCGAAAUAAUCCAAGUGUGCCUUUAAUGAUUUAAUUCAGACUAUUUAGAUAAACCGGAAACAAUCGCCCUCUGAUUCUGAAUAUUGACUGUCCUGAAAAAAUAAAGUUCUCUACCUUGACAUCUUACUGUACAGUUUAUAAACCCAAGUACACUCCGGUAUACGUGCAUUUUUGAGACCCAUAGAAACAGAGCGUAAGUUUGCUGCUCCAUCUGACACGUUGUCAUGAUCCAAUACUCGUGUUUUUAAGUACGAGAUCAUUUUCUUCAGCUUUAAGAAGCUCAUGAGUGGAUGGGUUGCAGGGCUGCAUUCUACGGCACAACACCCGAAUCAAAAGCGGAAGAAGAAGAAGUACGUUGUAGCGUAACCGCCGAAGAAGAAUCCCCGUACGGCAGACAUUUUACGUAAAAAUCCACAACAAACAUGGCGGACGGUGAGUUCAUUGUUGGCCAUUGAUUACAUUUUCUAAUUGAUUAUUGUAUCUCUGUUUGUUUGCAGUGUGUUUAUGGUUCAAAUAGACGAUUCUUUCAAACAAAGGAGGAGUAUUUUAGCCGCUGUAGAGAUUAUUAACCGAGAGGGCAGUGUUAACGGAGUGCUAAGCUAGCUCACUGUCUCGAAUAAAGCAGCUCCUUUAGAAACUUUAAGAGUUAAAUUAGAACAAAUAAAACUACCCCAAUACUGGGACGUUAAACAGCCUCACCGUCUCUGUGUGGAGCCUCUCCUCCGUGACGGGAACUCAGAACCGUGGACUGGACUGACCCUGACCCGGUAUCAGGACGGAACCUCUGCUCAGAUUAUCGACACAGAAUUACAGUAAUGAUCUUUAGUGAUGUCCCACAAAAUCUGAAACCGUGUGAGAAACCUGAGUGAAGCUGGCCCCUCAACCCGCGCAAAGUGUCGGGAAAACAGUCCGCUUCGUUUGUGCUUCUGGGUCAUUCCGUGAAAUCAAACUAUAAUAACAACAAAUUAAUAUGUAAUUUAAAGAUAUAACAUCACCAUGUAUUCUCUCCUCAAUAUAACAUCAAAUUAAAGUCAAUUAAAUAUCAUUUUAAUUAAUAUAAAUUACUUUUAUACUGAUGAAGUUUUUUGGCCUGUCCCUCACUACUGUUGUAUACAGGAUUUUAAAUCUGUAAAAUGUUGGUAAAAUGUUAAAAAAUUUCAGAUUUAUAUAUUGUUAUAAGUAUGAUCUUAUAAUUAAACAGUGUUUUGGUAAUAAUAUAUAUUAGUCAUUAUAAAUAUUAACCAAUUUAUCAGCGUCCCCUGAUUUCCCGUCUACCCUGUUACGUUUCCACUGUAACAGGAUUUGACAUGUGAGUAACAGGGAUGACACAGAAUAGUGUUUACCCUCGUUGUACUCUCUUUAAAGGUUAACCUUUUAAAAUUAAAACAUUUUUAGGUUAUCAAGAGAACAUUAUUGAGCUAAUAAGUAUUUUUUGAUUGAUUGAUUGAUUGAUUGAUAAGCCGGUGGAGAGCCAGUUACUGAGUGUCCGCUUACUUUUACUCUUGUCAGCCCUGUUACUAUAAAGUCAAUCCUGUUGUUGUCAUUAAUUUGAUAAAAGUGUAAAAAAUGAAAACUCAAAUGGGCUUUCAACACUCACCAUUAUGAUCUAAAUUAUAUUUCAGAUUGGGCCAUUUUUUAAUAUUUCUCUUCUAAAAAAUAUCUGAUGUGUGUUGAGACGUGAUCGCCAUGCUAAAUUAGAGUAAAUUUGAUCAUCUGAAUGACAAAUAUCGAACUGGAGAAAAGGGGUCACAGGUGUUUAGUUAAACAUGUCAUAGGUUUGCAUAAAAACCAUACAAGUGAUACUGUGAAGUAUGUAAAAUAAAACUCUGACGGACUGUGACAGGACCCUGAAGUGAACUAACCUCUCGAUAAUCAGUGCAAAACUCUCCUUAAAAAGUGAAAUGAAGUUCUGUUUUCUCUUACUCGCCUUUAUGUGAGUCUACUGUGUGUUUCAGAUCACACAGACGCAGACCAGUCCAUGGAGGGACACACUCCUGUGAGUACAACACUAAACUACACACAAACGUCUCUCAGAGAACCUGUCCGAACCUGCUCAUGGGGGGACGUAGACAUGAAAACAGGCCCGUAAAUCCUGUUUUCACAAAGCUCCUGAAAAGUUCCUGUAACUUAGAUGAUGAGGUUCAUGUUUGGCUGUCAAUGAAAAGUUUUUAAAUGGAGUUUAAAGAUCAAUAUUUAAUAUUUAUGACUGCAUUAAAGUUUAUUCUUAAAACCUUGUUGGUGAACCCUCCUGCAGGUUUCUGAAAACCCCCACGCAGAGUACGGCCUCUCAGAAAACAACCAGGUAAUACACACACACACACACACACACACAGUUUACUGAGGAGGUGGAGGUUGACUCCCAGCAUGCUUUGCUUCUCCUCAGAGACCGGUGGAGAACGAGAAGACGAGCGCAGAGAAGAUGUCGAAGCAGAAAGUGGAACUGCAGGCGCUGCCCACCAGAGCAUACCUGGACCAGACCGUGGUCCCCAUCCUGCUGCAGGGCCUGUCAGUGCUCGCCAAGGACAGGUAUUCACACACACACACACACACACAGUUCUCUCAGAGUCUCACGCAGCAUGAAAAAACUCAAACGUCUGUUUCCUGACUCUGUCCUCAGACCUCCAAACCCCAUCGAGUACUUGGCGACGUUCCUGCUGAAGAAUAAAUCCCAGUUCGAGGAGAGAAGUUAAACGUUUCUGUGGCUCUUCGGCUCGUUUUGUUCAGUACAGACCGGUUUGUGCGUUCAUGAGAUUUAGACUGUUUUUUUUAUGCAUAAAUAAAGAUGUUGAAGGAGAAA